UAUUUCCAUCGGGGCGGAAGUGAAAGAAUCAAAGAACGGAAAAGAACAACUCGAAACUCCUUGCAAAUGGCAGACUAGUGACAUUAUUAUAUUCAUUUUUCUCAUUUUGAAAAGAAGAGAAAUAGUGUGUUUUUUUUUACAAAUAAUAAAUAAAUAAAAAACCCGUGUUUCUUUUAAUCGAGAUAGAAAAAUACUCUUCCCCCCCUCUCCUAUCGCGGCUUAAUUUUCAUUAUAUAUAUAUGUAUACAUAUAUAUAGUGAUCUGAAAGUUGAAAAUUCUUUCGCCAACAGAGUUUUUCUUUAAUAAAAAAAAUCAGUGCGCAAAAAAAUUAGUGCAUUUUCGAAACAAAAGAAAAAAAAAGUGUCGUGAUAAUGGCAAAAUUAGUGGAUAUUUGGCAUGGUGAUAGUCCAACUGAAUUGAAACGACGUCAAAUGCCAUUGGAUAUCGAUGAAAAUUUAACGUUAAUUAUGGAUGCUAAUGGUUUGGGAGCAAUUUGUGAUAGUCCACUUGUACGUGGCAAGGAACUCGAGGAUUUUACGAGAAAAUUAAAUACACUCACGAAAGAGGAAUUAAAAUCUUCGUUUGAGGUGACGUGUAAGGAUUUCUUGUCAAUUCUGGGACAAACAAUUCCUUGCGUUGGUUGCAGAAAAAGUGCGGAAAGAUUGUUCUUCGAUCUGUUGGAAGCGGGACAUCCGGUUUUAGAUCCAUUAAUGUUCACGACAGAAUAUAUAUUAACCUUAAAAGAUGAAGUUCUCGAAUCGCCCCAAAUGCUUUGCACAAUUUUACACAAACACAGCGCUCGUUUGAGUUCAUUUGUGGAAAAACAAACGAGGAGCAAAAAAUCGCACAGAUGCGCGUUACAUACACUGGAAGUGCAACGAAUGAGGCCACCUCCUAAUGCAUGUAGAGAGGUCUGGGAAUGCAUGAAACAACCGUGUCGUCAGGAAAUCACUCUAAUCGAGAGCGAACGUUUGGACGCGACUCUCGAAACUUACCUCAGGAAACACAGAUUUUGUUCGGAAUGUCGUACAAAAGUUUUAUUAGCCUCGUCCCUAUUGAUGACGGAUGCGGAUCCAUCCAAGGAAAAAGGAUUCGUUCCCACAUUAUACGCGGGAAUAAAACGUUGCACUGCCGAAAGUCACGUUCACUUGCCAAUAAAUACCGAAUAUAUUCACACAAUUAUUGGCCGAGCUCAACCGGAAAUUAUAGGAAGGGAACGUCAUGCGAAGACUUUGGAAAUAGCUCAGGAGGAAGUUGUUACUUGUUUAGGAAUUUGCGUGGCAGAAAGAUUACUAAAAAUUUAUCGACGCCUCAAGGAAGCUGAGACUAUUUGUAAAGUUCUCGCUGCUGUUGCCGUUGAAGCGCUCUCCAGAAAUUUCGAGAUGGCUGUCGAGGCCAAGCAAGGAGUAACAAAACUUGAACUUCUCUACGAGGAAUUAACGAGAAAAGAAAUAGCGAAGCAACAAAGACAGGAAAAAUUAAGGCUGAAACGAAAAAAAAAGAAGGAACGUCGCUUUGAGGCUGAAGAAAAGGAAAAUACAUGCGAAUGCUCAAGUGAACGCUCAAGUAAAGAAACCUGCACUUGCUCAGAUUUAAAACCCGUUACACAGAGUAUGGAUAGGAACAAGUUACAAGUUCUGGAUCCAAAAAAUAAAGGACCACCAACCUGUAAAUGUCCCGAUUGCCUAAAAAAGUCAAGCACCGAAAAGACACAAAACUCGAAUCCAAAAAAAUCUCUAGCUAAUAGUAAUAAUAAUAAUAAUAGUAGUAGUAGUAAUAAUAACAACAACAACAAUAAUAAUAAUAAUGUUUCCAAUAAAAAGCACGAGAAGGACUCAACGAAAAAAAAGACGUCCGGUAAUAAAAUGAAAAAGAAUAAGUCAGAGGCAAGAAAAACAAACAAUGAAUCAUCAUCAAUGAAAAUUGUUAAUGAGAAAAAGGAAUUAAAAUUAAAUUCCACGCUUAUUAGUAAUGAUAAUGAUAAAAAAUUACGAGUACAAAUUGAGCAGGAAGAAAGUGUUAAUGUUGUUAAUGUUGAAGAUAAGAAAGUGAUAUUUGAAGAAGAGGAAGAAGAGGAGGAGGAAGAGGGAGAAGAAGAGGAAGAAGAAGAAGAAGAAGAAGGAGUCGUAGAAGUAAAUCAGUGGAAUUUACCCGAAAAUUCUGUUGAUGAUUUAACCAAUGUAUGGUUGGAUCGACCAAAUAAUAUGUGGACCGAAAUGAAGGAGCAUAUUAUUGCAAAAAUGACUGAUAGAAAUUGUCGUUCAUCAAGUGAACAUUCAUCGCGUGAUCGUGGUUAUUCAUCGGAAAAUUAUGUGAGCAGUGGCUCAUUUUCAUGCACACCUGAGGGCUCCGAUGUUGCCUGCAUCGAUGCACUUUGUAAUCACGAUGAAAAUUGUGGCAAUCGUUUGUCAGAGAAAUUAUUGUCGAGCAACAAUGUUCAUUCAAAUUCAUCAUUGCGAAUUCAUCGAUGCGAGGGACCGACACUCAUGCAAAUGCUGGAGGACUCGAAUUCAGAGGACGAGGGAACCGAGAGUUACAUACCAAUGGAGGAUGUGAUGGAAUUCCAGUCGAAAAUAUCGCAAAUUCUCGAAAAGAGACAGGAGCUUCGUGAGAAACUGAAAAAUAGUUUUGAAAUGCUGUGCAAUCAUCGUAAACCUUUCAUUCCUCAUUGAUUUUUUUUUCUUUUUACAAAAAAAGUAACGCAAAGCAGCUAACUUUUUUUUUUAAAUCGAUAAAAUUGACUUUUUUUCCAUUGAGAAUUUUUUUUUUUAAUUAUUUUAGUUUUGUUUUUUCUUUUCUAUUUUUUUUAAUAAAAAAAAAUUUAGGUUUUUACUAGUUUUUUAAAAUCUUUUUUUAAAUCUACAUGUUUUUUUUUUUUAAUAUUUUUUUAGUUACUUUUUUGGAGAAUUUGUGCUAUAUAAGAGAAUUUAAUAAAAAAAAAAAAAAAAUGCACGAUUAAUCACGCAUAUGAAAAAAAAAAAUAAAUAUCAUCGUUGUAAUAAAAAAAAAAUAGUCAUUUUAUUGAAAAACAGAAACAAAUUUAAUAUAAAAAAAAGUAAUAAUAAAUGUUGCAUUCCAGUGUAAAGU